GGGCCUGGUGGAAGCCCCCGAGGGCCGCUCCCGCUGCUGCAGGUGGACAGGACGGAGGUGGUCCGGAGCUGCCUGCACCCCACGUUCUCCAAGGUCUUCACACUCGACUACUACUUCGAGGAGGCACAGAAGCUGCGGUUCGAGGUCUACGACAGCCACGGGCCCGGCAGCCUCAGCUGUCAGGACGACGACUUCCUGGGGGGCAUGGAGUGCACCUUGGGGCAGAUUGUGGCCCAGAAGAAGGUGACCCGACCGCUGUUGCUGAAGUUCGGCCGGAACGCGGGCAAGUCCACCAUCACGGUGAGGCCGCCCCCUUCCUGCCCGGCCCGCCCUGCAGACCUGUGCCCGCCCUCGCCAUACAGAGGUCUGGGGACGAGGCAGAGAGAGCUGGGCUGGCCGCGCCCCACACCCUGCCCCCCGCAGGACGUCUUCAGCAAGUCGGACCCCUUCCUGGAGCUGUACCGGGUCAACGACGACCAGAGUGAGCAGCUGGUGUACCGGACGGAGGUGGUGAAGAACAACCUGAGCCCCGUGUGGGAGCCCUUCAAGGUGUCGCUGAACUCCCUGUGCAGCUGUGAGGAGACCCGGCAGGGGGCUCCCCACCCCCGGAGCCCCCCACUGGGGAUGGACCCGCAGGGCCUUGGCGAUGCCUGGUGCUCCCCAAUAUGUGGGGGAGGAAUGGCUCCCCGAGCCUCGGUUUCCCGCACCUGUCAAAUGAGGGGUGCAGGAGCCAUCCCAGGCCAGGAGGGAAGGGGCUUCGGGAUCACCGUGGGGUCCCCACAGGUGGCCAUCGACUUCACGGCCUCCAACGGGGACCCCCGGAACAGCUGCUCCCUGCACUACAUCAGCCCCUUCCAGCCCAACGAGUACCUGCAGGCCCUGGUGGCCGUGGGCGAGGUCUGCCAGGACUACGACAGCGACAAGAGGUUCUCUGCUCUGGGGUUUGGAGCCCGGAUCCCCCCCAAGUUUGAGGUGUCCCAUGACUUUGCCAUCAAUUUCAACCCCGAGGACGACGAGUGUGAAGGAAUCCAGGGCGUGGUGGAGGCCUACCGGAACUGCCUGCCCCGCGUCCAGCUCUACGGCCCCACCAACGUGGCGCCCAUCAUCUCCAAGGUGGCCCGCGUGGCUGCCGCUGAGGAGCGCACCGGGGAGGCCUCUCGAUACUACAUCCUGCUGAUCCUGACGGACGGCGUGGUGACCGACAUGGGGGACACGCGGGAGGCCAUCGUGCGAGCCUCCCACCUGCCCAUGUCCAUCAUCAUCGUGGGCGUGGGCAACGCCGACUUCACAGACAUGCAGGUGCUGGACGGGGACGACGGCGUCCUGCGCUCCCCGCGGGGCGAGCCUGCGCUCCGGGACAUCGUCCAGUUCGUGCCUUUCCGGGAGCUGAAGAACGCGUCCCCCGCGGCGCUGGCCAAGUGUGUGCUGGCUGAGGUGCCCAAGCAGGUGGUGGAGUAUUACAGCCACAAGGAGCUGCCGCCUCCAGGCCUCGGCGCCCCAUGAGGACCCCAGAGAGGGGGUGCGGCCGGGGUGCCUCCUGUCUUCAGCACCCUUGGGGUCCCCUAAACUCCCCCCUGACUUCCCAGAAGCCUCCUGUCCCCCAACCGCCCAGGCCCACUCAUCCUCUGGGGCCCCCGAGGUUGAAGGAUAGACAAACCCAGGCCCGAGGAGACCCAGAAACAGAAGCAGAAGGGGCGGGGGGGCUGGCGGUAGCCCCCACACCCGGCCCUGCCCCAGGAGGGGCUGGGGGAGUCACGGUGCAUCUGAUGUUCGUGGGGAGGGGCCAGCAGGCAGCGUCCAUCACAGAGAAAACGGUGCCCAGGCCCCGAUGGUCAGCCCUGCCCCUCUGUCCCUUUCCUGCCCCUGCUCUGAGGGCCCUGCCUCAGCACCCAGCUGGGCUCAGGUGCAAUAAAGCGUCGCCUCUUCCUGGCAGCAG